AUGCUUGGGGAGCCCUGGGAUGCUGGCGCGCAGGCUCGCCCCGACCGGCGUGGACUCCUGUUCCACUUGGAAUGGAAAAUUAUCUAUGUGGGCUCUGCAGAAAGUGAAGAAUACGAUCAAGUUUUAGACUCUGUAUUAGUGGGCCCUGUUCCUGCAGGAAGGCAUAUGUUUGUAUUUCAGGCUGAUGCACCUAAUCCAGGACUCAUUCCAGAUGCAGAUGCAGUAGGUGUAACAGUUGUACUAAUUACAUGCACCUAUCGAGGUCAAGAAUUUAUUAGAGUUGGCUAUUAUGUAAAUAACGAAUAUACUGAGACAGAAUUAAGGGAAAAUCCGCCAGUAAAACCAGACUUUUCUAAGCUUCAAAGGAACAUUUUGGCAUCUAACCCCAGAGUUACAAGAUUCCACAUUAAUUGGGAAGACAACACAGAAAAACUGGAAGAUGCAGAGAGCAGUAAUCCAAAUCUACAAUCACUUCUUUCUACAGAUGCAUUACCUUCAGCGUCAAAGGGAUGGUCCACGUCAGAAAACUCACUAAAUGUCAUGUUAGAAUCCCACAUGGACUGCAUGUGACCACCUGCCAUCCCUUUAGUACAAAUUAAGCUUAUAAAAACACACAGAACUAUUUCCCUGAAAUUCCGUAAGUACAUAGUCAAGACACAAUGUGAAGAAUUUGUUUAAAAAACAUCCUGUAGAAAGUUUAUAAGAAAACCAGUAUUUGAGCAAAUUGUGGAAUAUAAAUACAACUAUUUUUAAGUAA